UAACGACGCAUCGCGUGCACAAGUGUCUGCGGUGCGCGAGCUGGUGGCGGCGGUGCGCGAGGCGUACCCCGGCGAGCAGGUGGACUGGCCCAUGGUGCACGACGCGGGCUGCACCUGCGACGACACCGAGCUGCCGCACCACGUCACCACGCGGCCAGACAUCGAGCGCCUGGUCGCCGCCGUCUUCCGGCCGCUGCUCGGCCGCCUCCCCGGCAAACCCACCAUCGUCACCAUCUCCAGGUCCAGUGAGGACGACUACUGCCCACCAGAGGACGUGGACUUCAUUCAGGAGGCGGUGCUGAAAGAACUGCGCCUCAAGUUUUCCCCAGUCAAGCUGCAGCUCGCCUACCUGGAGGAGGGAGACCAGUGAACGACUGGAGGACUGCCACUAGCUAGCAUGCCAUUUUUCAUUUAGUUUCGUAUGAGGUUGACGGUUAUCGUCAGCAUUAGUAGUUUUUACCAUGCAUAAUUUUAUACAAUGUCCUGUCAAAAGACUGAUGUUAGGUAUAAGUCACGGGGAUUUGGUGAAUGGUAUUUUGUAAGCAUAAUCGUAAGUUAAUGUACUCUUUUUUGUGACAAGUAAAGGA